CACAUUGUUGGCCCUAUGAGGAGCACCUGUAAGCGAUUAGCAUGCACAUUAAAGCAGGGCUGUGGCACUCACCUGUGUGUUUGUUUCGGGACGGGCUUGGGUCAACAGCCACGUUCAGGUUGAGCUCACGGCAGAGGAACUACAGAAGCAAUAAUGAGGGAGUGCAUCUCCGUGCACAUCGGCCAGGCCGGGGUCCAGAUGGGGAACUCCUGCUGGGAGCUGUACUGCCUGGAGCACGGGUUCCACCCGGACGGGACCGCCAGCGGCACCCUGCCGGCCGACUCCUCCUUCGGCACGUUCUUCAGCGAAACCCGGGCCGGGAAGUACGUCCCCAGGGCCGUGUUCAUCGAUCUGGAGCCCACGGUGGUGGAUGAGAUCCGGUCUGGACCGUACCGCCAGCUGUACCACCCGGAGCAGCUCAUCACCGGGAAGGAGGACGCCGCCAAUAACUACGCCCGCGGCCACUACACCAUCGGGAAGGAGAUCGUCGACUCCGUGUUGGACCGCAUGCGCAAGAUGUCUGACCAGUGCACAGGACUCCAGGGCUUCCUCAUCUUCCACAGCUUUGGAGGGGGAACUGGCUCUGGGUUUGCCUCUCUACUCAUGGAGCGUCUGUCUGUGGACUACGGCAAGAAGUCCAAGCUGGAGUUCUCCGUGUACCCGGCCCCCCAGGUGUCCACGGCUGUGGUGGAGCCCUACAACUCCAUCCUGACGACCCACACCACCCUGGAGCACUCCGACUGUUCCUUCAUGGUGGACAACGAGGCCAUCUUCGACAUCUGCAAGCGCAACCUGGACGUUGAGCGGCCGUCCUACACCAACCUCAACCGCCUGGUCGCCCAGAUCAUUUCCUCCAUCACCGCCUCGCUGCGCUUCGACGGGGCGCUGAACGUGGACCUGACGGAGUUCCAGACCAACCUGGUGCCCUACCCCCGCAUCCACUUCCCCCUGGUCACCUACGCGCCCAUCAUCUCCGCCGAGAAGGCCUACCACGAGCAGCUCUCCGUGUCCGAGAUCACCAACGCCUGCUUCGAGCCGGCCAAUCAGAUGGUGAAGUGCGACCCGCGCCACGGCAAGUACAUGGCCUGCUGCCUGCUGUACCGCGGCGACGUGGUGCCCAAGGACGUCAACGCCGCCAUCGCCAGCAUCAAGAACCGCCGCUCCAUCCAGUUCGUGGACUGGUGCCCCACGGGCUUCAAGGUGGGCAUCAACUACCAGCCCCCCACGGUGGUGCCCGGCGGGGACCUGGCCAAGGUGCAGAGGGCCGUGUGCAUGCUGAGCAACACCACCGCCAUCGCCGAGGCCUGGAGCCGCCUGGACCACAAGUUCGACCUGAUGUACGCCAAGCGCGCCUUCGUGCACUGGUACGUGGGCGAGGGCAUGGAGGAGGGGGAGUUCACGGAGGCGCGGGAGGACAUGGCCGCCCUGGAGAAGGACUACGAGGAGGUGGGGAUGGAGAGCACUGACGGCUGUGAGGACGAGGGUGACGAGUACUGAGUUCUGUUUCUGAAUAAAUAUUUAGGCAUUAAA